CGAAACAAUGCGCAACAGCCUCAAUUUCACCGUCCCCUCCUACCAUCGUCUUUGGACUAUUCCGCUUCAAAUCCCCACUGAGAGGUAUGCGGGUGAAGUAGAUAAGGCUGAAAUACUCUUUUCCUUGAUACCUCCUCCCCUCGUACGAGCCUGCCCUCCUUUCCCACCACCCUCCGACCUGUUACGAGCCAUCCGAACGACGAUAUGGCUACCGCUCCUCCCAAUCGACGCCUGUCUACUCGAGUAGCUCGAUCAUCAGCUGCAAAGCCUGCGAAUUACUAUGGACGACAAGCUGCGGCCGCCGAGCCGCCUCCGCGACCGGAUAAUCCUCCUGGCUUCUUCCCAGCCAUCACCCACUUCACCAACUCGGUGGCCAUGCUACCCGAAGAAGUCAUGAAACAUUUCUCCAUGCUGAAAGAAGUCGAGUCGAAAUCAUACGGCCCGGAUCAUGAACUGAAGCUGAUUGCUGAGGCUAUCACGAAGCUCCCAGCUCCGAUGUCGCGAUACUCGCAGCCGGCGGCUGGCAGUGCGAGCAACGGAAGCGUGAAUCCGAGCGCAAAUGCAAGCGUCAAUGGAUCUGUCGACGUUGCGGGGACGCCGAUGCAUACUCAAGCGAUCGCGAAAACGCUGUUCAACUCGGCCAAACCACAACCGGCCUUGGACCCUGGAACAGACAUGAACCGGACACAGUUGAUGCAUCGGAUGUGCUUUGCGAUCAAUCACAUGGCUCCGAUCUUGGAUGAAAAGAUCGCGGUACUCGGCGCGGCAAAUGUUACGCUCUCCAGGCAACUCGAGCGGAUCGACAGCUCAUUUCCCUACAUCGAGAACGAGAUCAGCGAAGAGGCGCGAUUAGGAAGCCUCACACACUGGGCAUUGCAGAAUAAAGAGGCCAAGAAGCCGGUUGCGAACGAACGCCCAAGGCGUGAGGGGGCUAGCAACACAAAUUAUGCCGUAUACCACGAUGAUGCGGCUGCGUCGAGAAGCGAAGCGCGGCGAGGAACCCUGCUCGCGAAGAAAGGCCGAGGGCAGCAGCAGCAAGACUCCGACUUCGAUGACCGAUACCUCCAUAAAAAAGCGACCACGAAUAGCCGCGUCCGCAAAACGGCAGAUGCAGGCGAUAAAGUCGUGGGGUUGGGCAUCACAGGUGCGGCGGCCAGUCAGCCCGCCAAGCGACGCAAAACCGAGAAAGGUGCCGCCAUGGCCUCCGCAAUGGAGCGAUCGACCAGCGGGCAAGGGGGGCCUCGAGGAGGUGCAAUGUCACCUCGUGAGCCUGCAGCGGUGGAACCGCCGAAGAAGAAGCCGAAGCAAGCACCCGGACCGCUUCGCAAACGAGCGGCGGCUGGCACGGCCGCAUCCCCCCGAACUGCGUCGUCCCCUCUCCAAGGAACGUUCGCAGUCAAGGAUGCGCCAACAUCGAGUCGUCCGGUGGGAAGGGGACGGCAGAACUCGCAAACAUCGGCGCAGGUCGCCCUCGAUAACGCGGCUCGCAAUCGGCCUGCGUCGUCCGCCUCCAAUCUCCCGUUGACCGCUCCCACAAGCCAACCCGUCAAACCCGACGGCGCCUCUCACACCGUGUCUCCACCCAUCGUCACCGCCGCCCACAUCCCCAUACCCAACGCCAACGCUCCGUCCACCGCCCCCGAAUCCUUCAAGCGCGAAGAGCAAGAACCCGACGUCCCCGCCGACGUCCCAAUGACCGAAACCGAACCUCCCACCUCCGUCCCCGCCGUCGCCACCGCGACGCGCACUCGUGCAUCCAAAACCUCUACACCCGUGACCUCGACGUUCCCUGCCGACGUCAGUGGCGCCGCACCCGCCACCGGAGCAGGUGCAUCCGGUCGCGCGAACAACAAGAACAACAGCAGCACGAACAGCAGCCACGCGUCCUCCGAGUCUAACAUGCCGCUCGCUGCCACCGCGCGGCGACGAAAUGCGCGGAAGCGACGGGACACUGACGGGAUGGAGGUGGACGAACGCGAGCCGGAGAAAGAAACGCCGGUGGCAGAAGCCGCGGUGGUGGAUUCGCAUGAAGAGGUGGAAGAGGAAGAGGAUGAGGAUGGCGACGAGCCGAGAUAUUGCUAUUGUAACCAGGUCAGCUAUGGGGAAAUGGUGGCGUGUGAUAACGAGAGUUGUAAGCGGGAGUGGUUCCAUUUGAAGUGUGCGGGGUUGAAGGAGGCGCCGACGGAGUCGACUAAGUGGUAUUGCGAUGAGUGUAAGGCGACGAUGAAGGAAAAUAACAGGAGAAGCAGACCGGCGAGCAGGCAGUGAGGCUGAUACGGAGAUUGCCUCACCUUAGAAUCUUGGGCGUUCCUUCAAAUAUAUACACACGGUGCAUACUUAACACCAUGCCAUUGAUCUCAAACCCCUAACGAAGAUAUUCAUUUCCCAC